UCAUCUCUCUGUUUCACCCUUCACUCUGACAACAUUCAGGCAGGAAUAUGAGCAACUUUGGGCAGAUCCUGAAGGAGAUUGGGGAGUUUGGCUUGUUUCAGAAACGCUUACUACUUGCAUUAUGUUUUACCAGCAUUUUUACAGCUUUCGAUGUGAUCAGCCAGGUGUUUACCGGCAUGAGCUUUCCACACCACUGUAACACCGACUGGAUCUUAGCGCAUGGACCAAACCUGACAGAUGAAAGAAAAUUGAAUCUCACCAUUCCUGUAAACAAGGAGGGAAGGUUUGAAAGCUGUAUAAUGUUCGAACCUGUGGAUUCUAAUCUGGAAACCAUUGAAAAGUAUGGACUUAACAUCACAACAAAAUGUACAAAUGGAUCAGAUUUUGAGGCAUCCAAAGGUGCCUCCAGUAUUGUAACAGACUUUGACCUGGUGUGUGACAGGAGCAAUUUUAUUGAAGCAUCACAGUCCAUCUACAUGGCCGGUCUUCUGGUUGGAGCAUUCGUGCUGGGACAGAUGGCUGACAGGCUGGGUCGACGCUUCGUGGUGCUGCUUUCACUCUUUGUACUACUGGUGUUUGCUGUAGGAGCUUCUUUCUCACCCAACAUCUACGUUUACAUCACUCUCAAAUUUUUUUGUGGCAUCUCAAUUUCUGGUAUUAUUGCCAAUGCAUUUGUUAUAGGUGGAGAAUGGAGUGAUUCCUCAAAGUUUGCCCUCUGCACCAUUAUCUGCCAUGCUUUUUAUCCACUUGGGCUGAUGAUAUUAUCUGGUGUUGCAUAUUUGAUCCGCAACUGGAGGACCCUGCAGCUGGUGCUCUUCAGCCCUCUUGUUCUUGUUCUGGGAAUCUUCUACUGGAUUCUUCCAGAGUCAGCUCGAUGGCUCAUUACUCAGGGCAGGAAGAAGGAGGCUAUAAAAGCAGUGAGGAGAGCAGCUAAAGUGAACAAGAGGGAUGUACCAGAAGAACUUCUAGAAAAACUAGAAGUUGAGGAAACAACCAAAAAAGGAACCAUGCUGGACAUCUUCAGACUGUCAUACCUGAGAAAACGUGCAGUAAUAAUGAGCUUCGUCUGGUUUGCAACAAGUCUGAUGUACUAUGGACUGAGCCUGAAUGUUGGGAACUUUGGUCUUGAUAUUUACCUCACGCAGUUCAUCUUUGCCAUGGUUGAAUUUCCAGCACGUCUGGGCAUUUUGCCUCUCCUCCAACACUUUGGAAGAAAAGUUUGUCAAGGAGGGGUGCUGUUGUUUGGAGGUUUCACUUGUCUUGGGAUCCUAGCUAUACCAACAGAUCUUCCUGUUGUGGUAACAGUCAUAGCUGUACUGGGUAAAUUUGCUGCCACUGCCAGUUUUGCCACAGUCUAUGUUUACACUGCAGAAUUAUACCCCACUAUUAUAAGGCAGAAUGGUGUAGGUCUGAACUCCAUGUGUGCUCGUGUGGCGGGAAUCCUUGCACCUCUGAUCCGACUCCUAGAUGUCUACCAUCACUCCAUCCCCAUGGUGAUCUACGGCACUGUCCCCAUCAUUGCCGGGGGUCUCUGUAUUCUGCUGCCUGAAACUUGUAAUGCUGAACUUCAGGACCUCGCAGAAAUUACACAGCCUACAGAUGAAACUGCUGAGAAGGGAUCCACCACUCAAGAAAGCAUACUAGAAAAGAGCACAAAAAUGUGAUCACUGGGUUCCUCGCAUACACCUGUUUUCUGCCAUCUGUAUGCAGCAAAGUUUUAUCAGCUAAAUUAUGUAUCCCAUUUUAUUUUUAGCAUUUAAAAUCUGUUAUAUUUGACUUUUUUUGCCACUCCUACAAAGGUUGUAUAUUGUUUGAAACAUGGGAUUUGUGUAUAAAGUUAUGCAUGAACUGUAAAUUUGCUGUGCACUCUGUUUAAAGGUACAAAUUUUUAAGAAUUUAUUGACAUUUAGUGUUAAAGACGAGCAUAGAAAUUACUUCAAAAUGUCAAGCACAGUUGUAAAUGGACAAUGGUUGUCAGUGGCCAAAAUUCAUUCAGGGGCCGGGACCUUCAGGUGCAGCGAUGACUGCACUAAAGGUUAUUACUUUAAAAUUAUGUACAUGUGUACUGUCGUCUUUUAUGUGCCUUUUAAGGCACAAAUCCCAAACAGUGCCCUAUUACCUAUCAAACAAAGCUGGUACUGUAGUUUAAAAGUUCAGAGGCUUCUUACUUAACACAGGGAUGUUUGUCCAUUCAGAGACACCACAGUAAAAAUGGUGGCCCAAAUAUGGCAGCUUCCAUGUAUGUGGACCCACAGCAAGUAAAUAUGAAUGGCUCAUUCUAAGAGAAUGAAAACACAACAGUUAUAUUAGUAACCAAUAGAAUUAGCUUUAAAAUGUAUAUAUUAAAUGUUUAUAUCUGUGUCCUUUGAUUUUGUUACAUGUUAAAACUGUAAAAUAUCUUCCUUAUUUUACAUUUUGGAUAAUGAUCUGUGUUUUUCUUUUCUCUAUAAACUUUUUAUAUGUUGGGAUUUCAUGAAGUGCAGAAUAAUAUUGG